AUGAAGGCUGCCACUGCUAUCGCCAUCCUGGCCUUUGCCCAGAUUGGUUUCUCAGCCCCAACUGCUCAGAUUCAGGGUGCUACUGUCAAGCGUGCCGCACCUGAGCCACCGGGAUACGACUAUCCCUUCCUCGCCGAUAAGCGUGCUGCACCUGAGCCACCGGGAUACGACUAUCCCUUCCUUGCCGACAAGCGUGUUGCACCUGAGCCACCGGGAUACGACUAUCCCUUCCUCGCCGAUAAGCGUGCUGCACCUGAGCCACCGGGAUACGACUAUCCCUUCCUUGCCGACAAGCGUGUUGCACCUGAGCCACCGGGAUACGACUAUCCCUUCCUCGCCGAUAAGCGUGCUGCACCUGAGCCACCGGGAUACGACUAUCCCUUCCUUGCCGACAAGCGUGUUGCACCUGAGCCACCGGGAUACGACUAUCCCUUCCUCGCCGACAAGCGUGCUGCACCUGAGCCACCGGGAUACGACUAUCCCUUCCUCGCCGACAAGCGUGCUGCACCUGAGCCACCGGGAUACGACUAUCCCUUCCUUGCCGACAAGCGUGUUGCACCUGAGCCACCGGGAUACGACUAUCCCUUCCUCGCCGAUAAGCGUGCUGCACCUGAGCCACCGGGAUACGACUAUCCCUUCCUUGCCGACAAGCGUGUUGCACCUGAGCCACCGGGAUACGACUAUCCCUUCCUCGCCGACAAGCGUGCUGCACCUGAGCCACCGGGAUACGACUAUCCCUUCCUCGCCGACAAGCGUGCUGCACCUGAGCCACCGGGAUACGACUAUCCCUUCCUUGCCGACAAGAACUAG